AUGGAUCCUUAUAACACCAAGGAAGCUGUCCUCCAGCUCGGUCUUAUCAACCCAGAGAUGGACGAGAUAUUCAAGAACAACCCCCCUCUCGACCUGUCUUCCUUGCCACCAGAGGUUCUGUCUCAAGGCUCAGCAGUGAAUGAAAAGGCCACAUCUGAUAUGUACUCGAGACACGGAACUCAGGAGAUAUUGAUGAGCAUUCCUAUGCGAGACGGUCAUGAAAGCGAGAUUCGCGUGAUUCAACCCAACGCACAGCCUAAUACCCCGCUCAUAAUUCUGAUAUACGGUGGAGGAUUCUUCUCUGGCACGAAUAUCCAACUACUUCCCUGGGCAACAGCAACGGCUGCACUUUAUGGGACAACAGUGGUUCUCCCUUCUUACAGAUUGGCACCACAGCACAAAUUUCCCAUUUCCCAUAACGAUAUUUGGGAUAGUGUAAAAUGGAUUGCUGCCAAUGCCUCUUCGCUAGGCGCUGACCUCUCCAAGGGCUUCGUCAUUGGUGGGAGCUCAGCUGGAGGAAACCUGGCAAUCGUCACUGCACAUCGCGCCAUGAGAGAGAAUCUCUCUCCGUCGUUGACAGGUGUAGUGGCUAUUGUCCCGCCCUGUCUGGAUGAGCAGAUUGUGCCAGAGAAAUACAAGCACUUAUGGGUGUCACGCGAGCAAAACGCCAACUCACCAUUCUGCAACUUCCAGUCUGUUGAUUUUUCGCCGCUGAAUUCGGACAUAUCACUUGCUGGGAUGCCACCAACUUAUGUGCAAGUCGAUGGGAUGGAUACGCUACGUGAUGAUGGAUUGAUCUACGAGAAAGUCCUUCGCGACCAUGGUGUUGCUACUCGCCUUGAUGUUUAUCCCGGUAUGCCGCAUGCUCAUUGGAUGUGGCCUGAGCACUCGCUAUCUACCAAGUCGCACAUCGAUACUCUAUCUGGUAUUGGGUGGUUGCUUGGCCAGGAGCUUGAGAGAGACGAGGUUGAGCGCCUCUGGAAUACGGCACAUCAGAUGAACAACGACAGCAUUACUCAUUGA